GCCGCUCGGAGCAGGAAUUUAAAGAUGGCGGCCGAGGCGAUGGUGGCUCGGAGCAGGGGGCGGCUUUCGUGAGGCGGCCGAGCUCGCCCUCCCACCACCCCCUCGCGGAGGAGAAACCGGGACGCCGGGGAUGGCCCAGAUUGAAAGAAGAAAAGGAGACCUGCUUGUCCAGUGAAGAUGCAGUCUUAGUCCUCAGCUAUUUAAGCUGAAUGCAUUGUGAUUUCCAAUAAUUGAGACAGUGAUUCUGAAAGCUGUCUACAUUAAUGAAAAGAACAAUGUAGUCAGCUUAACUGAAUCAUCAGUGUUGCAUAUUGAAUAGGACAUGAUAACCCAACCCUGAUGGACUUACGCAUGUUAGGAAUAUAGAUCUAAACAUUUAUCGACAGCAUUGUGUCUUUUUAAAACAGUAGUUUUACAGUUUAAAAGAUGGAGAAAUACGAAAAUGUGCCACCCCUCCCUAAAGAACCUGCGAGAGACAUGAAUGUGGAGAAUCACACUUGUCCCCCACCUCUGCCGCCUAACGAACAGCCUCCACCACCUCCCCUGCAAACGUCCAGUGACGCAGAGGUAAUGGACGUUGGCUCUGGUGGUGAUGGACAGUCAGAUACCCCUGCUGGGGACACGCACAGUAUCUGCAGAACACAGCUUCUCACAAAGGGAUCUGCCUGCUACAAAAGUCGUCUUAUAAUAGACCCUAACAGUAGUGACCAAAGCCCGAGAACUGCUCGUCACGCACCUUCAGUUCGAAAGUUCACCCCAGAUCUUAAGUUACUGAAAGAUGUAAAGAUCAGCGUUAGCUUUACAGAAAGCUGCAAAAGCAAAGAUAGGAAAGUUCUGUACACUGGAAUUGAGCAGGAUUAUAAGGCAGAUACAGAUUUUGGUAUUAAUAAUGUCAAUGGGGAUUUGCAUGUUUGUCCUUUCGGUGGUAGUAAUGGUAAAGCUGUAGGUAUAGGGGGUGAAAACGAUGACAAGAAGGAUGAUGAGAAUGAUGUUGAUCAGGAAAAGAGAGUGGAAUAUGCAGUUCUGGAUGAGCUUGAAGACUUUACCGACAACUUGAUGGAAAUAGAUGAAGAAGGAGGAGGGUUCACAUCUAAAGCAAUCGUUCAAAGGGAUAAAGUGGAUGAAGAAACCAUGAAUUACUCAUACGAGGAUGACUUUGAUAAUGAUGUGGAUGCUCUGCUGGAAGAGGGUCUUCGUGCACCCAAAACGAGGAGAGUAGAAAAUGAGAAGUAUGGGGCUGAAAGUGAUCACCAGUCUGAUGGAGAAACAAGUGUGCAGCCAAUGAUGACCAAAAUUAAAACUGUUCUUAAAAGUCGUGGCCGCCCUCCUACGGAGCCGUUACCAGAUGGAUGGAUCAUGACAUUCCAUAACUCAGGCAUUCCUGUAUAUCUGCACAGAGAAUCUAGAGUUGUUACCUGGUCUAGACCUUAUUUCUUGGGAACAGGAAGCAUAAGGAAACAUGAUCCUCCCCUUAGUAGCAUUCCCUGCUUGCAUUAUAAAAAAAUGAAGGAAAAUGAGGAAAGGGAACAAAAUAAUGACAUAACCCCAAAUGGGGAAGUAUCACCCAUAAAGCACUUAGAUAAGUCUUCAGAACUGGACUGCCAAACAGAAGAACCAGAUUCCACUGCUGCUGAUUCUGGGCCUUUAGAUGAAAAAGACACCUCAGGGGGAGAUGCAGCACAAGGAGCCUUAGGACAAGUUAAGGCCAAAGUUGAAGUAUGUAAAGAUGAAUCUGUAGAUCUGGAAGAUUUUAGACGCUACCUUGAGAAGCGUUUUGACUUUGAACAAGUUACUGUAAAAAAAUUCAGAACCUGGGCUGAGAGACGGCAAUUCAAUCGUGAGAUGAAGCGGAAGCAGGCAGAAUCUGAGCGGCCUAUUCUGCCUGCCAAUCAGAAACUCAUCACCUUGUCUGUGCAAGAUGCACCUACAAAGAAAGAAUUUGUCAUUAAUCCCAAUGGGAAAUCUGAAGUUUGCAUACUGCAUGAAUAUAUGCAACGAGUCCUAAAGGUUCGCCCUGUUUACAAUUUCUUUGAAUGUGAGAACCCAAGUGAGCCUUUCGGAGCCUCGGUGAUUAUUGAUGGAGUAACUUACGGGGCAGGAACUGCCAGCAGCAAAAAGCUUGCCAAGAAUAAAGCUGCUCGAGCUACACUGGAAAUCCUUAUUCCUGACUUUGUUAAGCAAACCUCUGAAGAGAAGCCCAAAGACAGUGAAGAACUUGAGUAUUUUAACCAUAUCAGUAUUGAGGACUCACGGGUAUAUGAACUGACCAGCAAAGCUGGGCUCUUGUCUCCAUAUCAGAUUCUCCAUGAGUGCCUUAAAAGAAACCAUGGAAUGGGUGACACAUCCAUAAAAUUUGAAGUGAUUCCUGGUAAAAAUCAGAAGAGUGAAUAUGUCAUGACUUGUGGCAAGCACACAGUGCGAGGCUGGUGCAAAAAUAAAAGAGUGGGGAAACAAUUAGCUUCACAGAAAAUCCUACAGCUACUGCAUCCACAUGUGAAAAAUUGGGGCUCUCUUUUGCGUAUGUAUGGUAGAGAGAGUAGCAAGAUGGUCAAACAGGAGACGUCUGAUAAAAGUGUGAUAGAGCUUCAGCAGUAUGCCAAAAAGAACAAGCCAAAUCUGCACAUCCUGAACAAGUUACAGGAAGAAAUGAAAAAACUGGCACAAGAAAGAGAGGAGACCCGGAAGAAGCCCAAGAUGACGAUUGUGGAAUCGGCCCAGCCGGGCAGCGAGCCGCUGUGCACUGUUGAUGUCUGAAGGGAGAAUUUCCAAGUAGGGAGCAAUAACACAAAUGGAGGAGCUAGAUUUCCAACGACGAUCUGAAAUCUGUUUGCUGCAGAAUGCAAGAUAACUUUUAAAAUCCAAGCUGCUUCAGUUAUGCAUUGUUCUUUUUGCAUCAUCAGGGCAAUAUUACUUGUUUUCUUUCUUUUUUUAUACCUCUGAGAUACGAUACGUAACGUGUCAAGGUUUGAUCAUAACGAUCUCUGCUUGGGCAAGAUGCACAGAGGACGGGCAUGUUCACACAGGACACGGUCAAGCAAGCACUUUUUCCUUGAAAAUCAUCCGUGUUGUUUGAAAUGGAUGUGUUUUAAGGAUGAAAUUCAGAAUAUCUAUAUACAGGUUAAAGCUGAUACUAUAUAUAUACACACACACACAUAUAUAUGUAUAUAUAAAAGAAAUAUAUGUACGUGUCUUGUAUGAACAUGCCUAAAACUGUUUUUGUGUAAAGUCUUGUUGCAUUUCAGCACAUAAUAAUAUGCACUGAUAAGACACUUUGGUGGCAAAUACAUGAAAAUGAUGAGCAAUGUUCCUAACGCCAUAGGAUUAGGCCAGUAAUGCUGUUUCUUCUGUUUUAUUUUGUCUCCUGCCAGGCUUAAUUAUUCAAGAUCACAGUAUGCAGACUUUUUUUUUUUUUAAUACUACUUGAAAAGAACAAGUAUACCUGGUAGUGUUAAGAGCAACAGGCUGGAUAUUCGAAAUUGUGUUUUAUGUUAAUUGAAAACGAGCCAAUGUUAGUUUACUGAUAGUUGAAAGGGGAAAAUGAGGCCCUGCUUAUCAGAUUAAAGUGAAAACGGGAAUUUCAAAGGCUGUUUUCAAAGCUUGGAGCCAAACUGUAACUGAAGAUAGUUGACAGUCUGAAAACAUUUUGCCAAUGCGGUGUUUAAAGACGUCCCACUCCCUUCUCCUAACAAGAAAGAAGUUUCUCAUUUGUUUGGAGUCAGAAUACGUCUGACCUGACAAAUUAAGUCUUAACUUGCAGCUUAAAAUCAAAAAGUUUUGAAAACAACAAAGAAAGACUAAAGAAAACCCUGAGAAAUCUGAACUAACUGCAGCAAUUUAGUUUUUUUAAGAAGCUUUGUUUUUACUUGUAAUUGCAUUUUUAGUGUUUGAGGAGAGAGCGUAACUUCUGCAAUGAAAACUAGAAUGUAGAUUCAAAAUAUGACGCAGUAAUGAGUAGAAUGUGAGACCAUGACCAGUUGUGUGGAGGGAUAGGAAAACCACCAAUAUGCAACUGCCAUCGAGUGCAGCCCUGGUGAGCAGGCAGUGCUCCGUGCUGCUGAGGCUCGGUGAUGUUUAGCACAGAAGACACAGCUGUGGCUGUAGCGCACGCACUGCUGUGGGAGGGUUCUUCCUUUGCUGUUAUUUACUGGGUGACUGCAGUUCGCCUUCUCUUAGAACCAUUCCUGUGGGUUCUUUGGAUUGCUCUUAAGAAUAGGAAAGAAGCAAAUGGGGGGCAGGGCUUCGACCACUUUCCCAAGAGCUGUCCUGCUCUCAUUUACCUUCCUGCCAGAGUGGAAGGGGUCAGUUUUCUGACGGCUGCAGUUCCUGGUACUUAUCUGGACAGCAGGCUGGGGCUUGGGGUGGGGAGGGGUGAUGAGGAAUGUUCUUGGGUCGUUCGGGGGCUUUUUUCCUUUAUUUGAUUGUUUAAUACCGUGUUAUGUGUAGAAUGCUGCAGCAUAGUGAACAUUGUGCCUACUGGAUUUUAACAAUAUUGGCAUCAGUACUGUCAGACCUCCUUUUAGUAUCACACCUGUUAUUUUGGAAUUGCAAGGAUUUUAGUUUUUACUGAAGCUGUUCUCAUUACGUGGCUUAUGAUGCCUGAGGUCAAACAGGACCGCAGAGCCUCUCCUGUCUCUGUUCCAGUGCACACUCAGAGCUCUGCAAAUACAGAUUUGCUCACUGUUGAUGAUUCUGUUUAGCUUCUGUUCCACAAGCUGUAAACCUGUGCUAACAGGAUACGGGUAGUUGGAAGACCAUACAGAAACUAGGAUUUAAAGUGGCCUAUCUGAAAAAACAAAAACAAAAUACUGCCUCUGCUGCUUUUCUUUUCUUUUUUUUUUUUAGCAGCGUAGCUUUAGCCAAUCUCCAUCUUUCUUUGGAAGGUAUGUAAUACUGGUGCAGUGCUGACAAGCAGGGAUUACUGUUUGUCUCUUGCUUUAUUUUUUUCAUACAGACAGGGCUUAUUCUCCUAUGCCUCAGUGUGUUACUGCAGUAGGCAGGCUGCACUUCGGCUUGUGCGUUUUCAGCAGAAUACCUGUAUGUGGACAGCACUGGAACAGACAAAUCACCCUGGCAGAUCCUUUGUUGUUCUGAGAUCAGAAUGUCAGUGUCUUUGCAGGUCACCUGCAGAAUAUCCGUAGAUGCCUCACUUACAAAUUUGAUUUUGUUCCUUUUAAGAGGAUUGCUGUAUUACCUCAGUCUGCCACCAUCAGAUCACAAGGUGACCGCUGCCCUUAAUUAAAACAUCCACAGAUUUCAUUGUGAACCAAAGCCUAGAACGUAUAUUAUGCAUUCUAAACAAAAAAAAACAAAAAAGAUGGUAUUAGACCUUGCUGCAGCCUCUAACUGGAGAGAUGUCCAGAAAAUAGCGCAAUAACUGCUGGAACAAACAACUUAACUGCUGUUAAUUGUCAUUGUGAAGUAUUCUUGUGUUUUAAUGUUUACUAUUGUUUGGAGUGUAACAGUCUUGCAUUUGCACAUAAGCACGAGCUGCUUGAUAGAGGAUAGAUCAUCGCAUUAACUUCAGCUUCUGCAUGAACACUUACAGCGUGACUCGAGAUGUAUCCUAAAUUUGUAUUGUAACUUGUGUGUUUCCUAGGUAACUGGCUGUAAAGGUUUAGAUCUUGAUUGUACGAAUGCAUAAAAUCAACUGCUGCUUUUGUCACUGAUGUUCGUUCUUUAUCCCUUCUGUACACAGAGGAGGAUGGGGGUAUUUUUAUAGGAACGGAGUGUAUUUUUAAGAACUGUUCCCUCUGGGAGUUACAGUUCUUGCUCUGCAUAUUACGUGCUACUCAACAGCGUGUGGUUUAUGACUGUAAGGGUCAGUGUGCGUUCCGCUCAUCACGGUACUGAUGGAGAACUGACUGUGACUUGCAGUGACCAGACAGAUGCUACCUAUUUGAACACCAGUCGUUCAGCUUUUUCUUAAAUAUUUAUUAGAAACAAAACUGACCCAGUAGUUGGGUACUCAGAUGUUUGGAGAGACUAUUAUGCAUAAACUUAACUAUUGUAUGUGAGCUUCCACUUUCCUGCGCUGCUGUUAGGCUUUAUACUAAUAUAUUUUUAACAUCUAAGUAUUUAAAAGCAUGAUUUAUCUUAAUAAUUCUCUAGACUGUACUUUGGUUCUGGAGUAAAAUUCAGGAAGCGGUAGCUGCCUAACUUGCCCCAGGAAGAAAGGCGAAGUGCAAGAAGCCAUGCUGUUCUUAACCAAAUAAAAUGUUCAGUUACAGUAUUCUGAUGUGUAUCUGAGAAGGGAAAGGGGGGGAGGGGAAAGAAAAUCGUUCUUAAUGCCCAAGUAGAUAACAAAGGUUGCUGUAUGAAUUGUAGUGGGUGCAGUUGCUUGAUGCCAGUGCUGAAUUGGUACAACUAUAAAGCCUCAUUUUCACUGAGCCUCUGCUUGCUUUUUUCUGCACAAUCAUAUAAGCCUCCGUGUUUGGUCUUUGAGUACUACAUGUGUAUUUUUCAGACAAUUAGUUUUGAGCAAUAAAGUUUGAUAUUAUAAAGUGC